AUGGAUCAACGAGAACCAGUGGAACAAACCAAAAACGAAACAAUAAAUAAAACUCCUUCCAUAUCUGAUAUCGAUGAAUUAUGUAAUUUAAUUGAUGAGAGUUCACUCGGUGGUUGUGUUCAAGGAUCUCCGUGUAAAUCAUCUAAUUUAUCAUUACGAUUUCGCUCAAUUCCUUCUUGUCAAGUGAAAGCAUUUCGUUCAUCGCGUCUUAAACGUUUACAUUCAUCAUCGAUACCAAAAGUUCAAGAAGAAGAGGAAGAAGAAAAUUCCGAAAAACUUUCUUGUCGUUCAUUAGUUCCAUAUACACGUCGAACAUUUUCAAUGCGUUUCUCUCUUUCAUCUCCAUCAUUACUUAAUCGAUUUCGUUCUUUAUCGACAUGUCAUUUUCCUCAAUCUCGUCGUAAUUCACAUCUAUGUUCAAAUCUUCGAUCACACCACGUUCGAUAUUCAUCGCCAACAACGAUAACUUUAUUUCGUACAAAAUCAAUUUUACCAUCUAUUGUUGAAGAAGAAUCAACUAUCGAUAAUCGAUCACCAUCGCCAACCACAUCAGCAUCUCAGUUAUCAUGUACAAUAGUUGAUGCAAGACGGCCAACAGCGAACUCAUGUAAUGUUGAAGAAUUAGCUGCUUAUCUUGACAAUUUCCUUUAUUUACCGAAAUCAUUAUCUGGUGCCGCUGAGCUUAUGUAUACAUAA